ACAAAAUGUUGACAGAAACAGACGUUGAAGAUCACUAUAAUCCGUAUAUGAGACAGAUAGAAAUCGAGAAAAACAAUUCUCAGUGCGGUUUUCAUUUGAGUAGAGGGAAAUGGGAUCCAUACCCUUGGGUGAGCAGUGUAGACAGAGACUCUGCGGCAUCGUUUGCUGGCUUGAAAUCGGGAGACUGUGUGCUGGAAGUAAACGGAGAAGAUGUUAUAGGAAAACGAAUAUCGGAAAUAGCGGAAAUAGUCAAGCUGAAGUCUGAACAAGUUUCGCUUUUACUUUGGAAUGCUGGUGUUGACCCUCAAUGCACGCCUGAGGCUUUAUGUUGUGGCCCUCUUCCUCAAAACUUGCAGAGGUUAUCAGCAUGUUUGUCGACAAUUUUGGCGUUUCUAGAAUGUCCUAUAUGCUUGGAUACCAUAACCCCUCCAACAUAUCAAUGUGAUAAUGGUCACUUGAUUUGUAUGAGAUGUAGAACGAAAACAGAAAGAUGCCCUGUUUGUAGAUUAAGAUUGCACAGAGGAAGGUCUUUGAUAUCGGAUCAG